AUGCGUUGUAUUGAUAGUCUUCUAUAUCAAGCUAUUCUUCUCGUAACGUUACUGCAUAUAAUUACUGCAGCUCGUUCAAAAACUGUUGAAAAUGAUCUCUCAAAAUCAAUUCUUGAUUUUACACUUGAAUUUACUCGUUAUCAUUCGUCGUCGAAUAUUGUCGGACGUCGUAGUCUAGUUUGGUCACCAUUAAGUCUUUAUGAAGCAAUGUUAAUGGUUGGCGAAGGUGCCGAUGGAAAUACAUUUAAAGAAUUCGAACGUAUAACUCAUUUAAAGACUAAACAAGCCUAUCGUGACUGGUCAACAACCCUAUUAACUGAUGCAAAAAAAAGUAUGCAAAGUAAUCGUCAAUAUAAUGUAUCAUUAAAUAUUGCUAAUCGUCUUUAUGCCGAUGAUGAAUUUGAAUUAGAUAAUGAGUUCAAUAAAAUUUUAGAAAAAUACUAUCAAAGUCAAUUAGAACUAAUUGAUUUUAAUGAAAAAGAAAAAUCUGCUGCACAAAUCAAUAAGUGGAUAUCAAAUCAAACAAAUAAUGUUAUUAAAAAUGUUUUAAAAGCAAGUGAUAUACAUCCAUUAACACGUCUUAUGCUUGUUAAUACUUUACAUUUUAAAGCACCAUGGCUUAAAGCAUUCGAUUCGGGUUUAACAACGUCAGAAAAUUUUACAUUAAGUACAGGUAAAUUAAUUGAAUUGCAAACGAUGCAUUCAGUAUCACAUUUUUCUUAUUACUAUGAUAAGAAACAUAAAUCUCAAUGGAUUAAUUUACCAUACAAAGGAAAUAAUAGAUAUGUAUUAACGCUUGCUCUUCCAGAUCAAGAUAUUGAACUACGUGUAUUAGAAAAACUUUUACGUAAUUCGAAAAUUCUAACAAAUAUUUUUAUUUCACUCGAUAAUCGUACACGUGGAAAUACACGUGUGAAAUUAGCAUUACCGAAAUUUCGUAUUGAAUCAUCAUUAGAUUUUGUUCAACAUUUUAAACAAUAUUAUAAUGUUAAAGCUCCUUUUGAUGCUGAUAAAGCAGAUUUCAGUUUAAUGAGUUCAACACGUGAACGCGAUUUGUUUAUAUCGAAAAUUAUACAUAAAGCUGUCAUUGAUGUUGAUGAAGCUGGAACUGAAGCAGCUGCUGUUACUGUUAUUCAAAUGCUAUCACGCUCAGGAAUGUUUUUACAUGAAGAUCCAAUACAAUUAACAUUUUCACGACCUUUUCUAUUUUAUUUACGCGAUACUAAUAACAAAGUACCUUUAUUUGUAGGUAGAUUCACUGGUCUACUUAUGCCAUAA